AUGCCUUCAAUGUUCAUAGCUGUGAAAAACAUCAAACCUGAACACCAUCUCAGGGCAAUCCAGGUUAGAGUAGUACGGGUAUACGAAGUUCCAGAGAAAAGGGGAGAGGGCCAGACCAGUAAGAGUAUGGAAGUAUUGUUCCAUGAUGAAGAGGGAGACUACAUUCAUGCCACCAUUCAAAAAAAAGAUGUGGUCAAAUAUAGAGAAAUAUUAAAAGAGGGGAAACUGUUCGAAAUUAAAAAUUUCAUGGCUGCCACAAAUGACUAUGUGUACAAGAUUACACAACAUGAGUAUAUGAUCAAAUUCAACUAUAAAACACAAGUGAAGGAGAUAAGUUCUAUAGGAUUUCCUUUUAAAAUGUUUCACUUAAAGAGUUUCAUUUCUUUAAAAGACCCUGCCGAUGUUAAUGACAAGGAACUUAUUGAUGUUAUUGGUCGUGUCAUUGAGAUCUAUAAUUCUGUGGAUAAGAUUAUAGGUGGAAAUGCAACACGACUUAGUGACUUUCAAAUUGAAGACAAUGCUGAGAACACCCUGACAUGUACACUUUGGAAUGAACAUGUUUCUUCUCUUAUGUCGUAUUACAAUAGUGAUUCGAAGGAACCACUUAUUGUAGUCAUUCAGUGCUGUCGGGCUAAGUUGGUUAGUGGUGAGGUGAGAAUCACCAGCUCAUACGAUGCUACCAAGUUUUGGUUCAAUGAGGAUUUUGAGGAAUUCCUAGAGUUCAAGUCGAAGUUGAAAUCUGAAAAUACUCCCAUGCGAAGUCUUAGUACUAGCACUCUGCACUCACAGUCUACAGGCAUUAGUGACUUUAAAAAUGCUUCUGUCAUUGUCACUACUUGCUAUGAUCUUAAGAAGAUUCAAGAGGAUGGGGACUACAAUGUUGCUGCUGCGAUCUUGGGUUUAGAUUGUGAGGAUGGGUGGUACUAUGGUACAGUCAAGUAUAAAGUGCUGAUCAUUGCUCUAGACAAGAGUGGAGAUGUUCCACUAUUGCUUUGGGAUAGAGAAGUGGCAGAACUGGUGGGGAUUCCUGCUUCUCUUUUGUAUCAGAAAUACAAGGAGGUUGAUGUUGAAGCACCCCCUGAGUUGGAUACUAUUGUGGGAAUGAAAAUGCUGUUUAAAAUAGAAUCUAUUGGAGAAGAGGUUAAUAGUCCUGCAUCUGUGCAGCCCUCUCAAAAGGAUGUGGAUGACACUGUUGUCAAUUCAGUAACUACUAAAAGGUCACUUUUGGAUGAGUUUUCUUCAUCCAAAAGUCGCAAGAAGUUGAAGGAAUCCAACAUCAAGAAGGAAAAAAUGUACACUCUCAAGAAUGAUGGUGAUGCAAUGGAAUAA